CAGAAUAGAGACAAAGUGCCAGAAGAAGCAGAAGGAGAAGAAACAUAUAUCAGGAUUGAUAAUGAUGACCUCGUCUCAUCUGCUACGGGAGAUUUGAAAAAAAAACCUCGCAUCCUUCUGCAGCUCCCUAAUCUCCGCAUAUAUCAUCUUCCUGCGAGCUUGUCGGAAUCGUUGGCCGGCGUAGGCGAAGGCGGCGGAAUUGAAUUGAGGCGGGGAAAGAUCAAAGAAGCAGAGAUGUUGGGAUUUGGGGGAAGGUACUAUUGGGGGAGGAGGGGAGGGGUUAAGAGGGAAGGGAUAGUGGUGGUUUUUGCUUGGAUGUCCAGUCAAGACAGGCACGUGAACAGCUAUGUCGACCUCUACUCCUCUCUAGGUUGGGAUUCUCUCGUUUGCCACUCGCAAUUCCUGAACAUGUUCUUCCCUGACAAGGCUGAAAGUUUAGCAUUUGAACUUCUAAAUGAACUAAUUGAGGAGCUUAAGACUGGACCAUGCCCUUUGGUCUUAGCACCUUUCUCCGGUGGUCCGAAAGCUUGCAUGUACAAGGUUCUUCAGAUUCUUGAGGCAAAGAGUGAUUCACAAUUGAAUCCAGAUGACUGUCGGCUGGUUAGAGACUGUCUGUCGGGCCAUAUCUAUGAUUCAUGUCCUGUGGAUUUUACUAGUGAUUUGGGGAGACGAUUUGUUGUUCACCCAUCUGUCUUGAAAACAUCAAAUCCUCCUCGGAUGCUCACAUGGAUUGCAAGUGGUAUUAGUAAUAGUCUAGAUGCUCUCUUCCUCAGCAGGUUUGAAGCUCAUCGAGCCGAGUAUUGGCAGACCUUGUACUCCUCUGUAAAUAUUGGGGCUCCAUAUCUUUUGUUUUGCUCAGAAAAAGACGACCUUGCUCCCUACACUGUUAUUCGAAAUUUUGCCGGUAGACUACAGGAGCUUGGCGGUGAUGUGAAGCUUGUGACAAUGAAUGGCUCUCCUCACGUAGGUCAUUAUCGGCUUCAUCCAGUUGACUACAAGAAUGCUAUAACCGAGCUUCUCGGGAAAGCAGCUGCAGUUUACUCCAAAAGAAUCCGACGACUCGAGGGUGAAAGAAUGGGCUUAGAUGGUACCCACGAAGACAUAAAUGACCCAAUGUCCGACCUAAGGAAAGCAGCAGCAGGGAGCUCAACGAACCAAAGCUCUCGAGGAGCAAACAUUGCCCCACUGGCCGAUCAUAUGUUGAUGCAAACCUCGGAAGAGUAUUACGACCAAGGUAGAGAUGUUGGGUCGACAAUGCAAGAUCAACGCAAAGAAGGGUUGAUACGCGUACGUGGUGGACCUCCGACAAUCAAUGCUCAUGGAGUCCUCGGCCAAGUACUGUUCGACGUUUGCGUUCCUAAGUACGUGGAAGACUGGGACAUAAAGUCGUCGUCUGCUUCCUUGAGCAAACAUCCCUAUACUUCGACUCGGCGACACACAACAUUUAAUCCCAUGAAAUGCAUGCGACGGUCGAGACUGUGAGCCUACUAAAAAAAACAAAUGAUGGCUAACAAUGAGCAGUUGCUGACUUGCUGUACCAUGUUGUGAAGGGAGAGGUAUAGCUGUAAUCCAGAACUGGCAUGAAUCCAGAGGAGGAAUAAGUACCCAGGGAGCCCAGGGUGUUGAGAAUAUUUAUGCCUGUUUAUAGAUUGGUGCCUGCUGUUUGCUUGAGCAGGUCUCCUGUGUACAGUAGAGAAAGAAAACUGGCGUAGAGAGUUGUUUUCAUGAGAUCGGACUUGAUCAGAAUAAACUGAUGGUGUCUGAAAGCCAUUUCCUGGUGAGAAUAAACUAGCCUAAGAGACAGUGAAAAGUCUGGCAUCUGCUGGUGCUGGUUAAAGUAAACUGCAGUUUAUUUCAUGAUUCUAUAUGUAACAAUUUUCCACAAACUUGCUACUGCUUCUAUUCUAUGCAACACCUUGUUCUGUUACUGUAUAAGCAUGCAUCUUUAGUUUGAAUUUUCAGUAUGACUGUCACCG